UUGCUUAACGUUUAAGUGUUACAAAUUGUGUGUUGCCUAUGAGCCACACAUCACAUGGCAGAAUCGCAUGUAAAUAUACUGGAUAGACACAAAUCACCUCAACACAUUUCAACUCACGAAAAACAAUUGUCAAAAUGAAUUGGCAAAUAUAUUUAAGUUUUGGCACUGUUUUGUGUAUCAUCGAUUGAUAACACACAGUGUACGCGUCACAACUUUUAGGCUAAGUUUCUAAUUAAGUUCAGAGAAAAAAAUAUUCAUUUCAUCACACCACAUUCAUUCCAUUUUUGCUACGAACAUUUUUUUUAUACGGCAAUUUUUGGGUGUGUAUGUGUUAAGAUAUUCCAUGACUAAUUGCUGCGAAAUCAAUUUGAGAUUGUAUUUUCUGUUUGUAAUUUGCUCUCUAAAAACUUCCAUUUUUUUAGUAAGUAUAAUGAUGUCGUUAUAAUAUUUAUUGCGAGCGUGAUAGAUUUUUUUUUUGUAAAUAAAAUUCAUUUCCUAUGAAACAAAUUCGAUUUGUGAUAUUAAAAUCGGAUCGGCCUCAUUAUAAAAAGAAACCACGAACAUAUGAUUUACAUUUGCCUAUAGAGAAAAAGGCAAAUUCUGUUGGGUAUUUGAAGUCGAAACAUCUGUGGUGUGAUUUUCUUUCGUGGAAAAUGUUCAAAUACAUAGUUCUUUAUUAUUUUUGCUGUACCUUGGCCAUCGAAGGGUAUACAGAUUUUCGACUUCACAAAAACUGGCCAAAAGACAUGGACGAAAUUUGCGGUGAAUUAUCACAGGAUCGCAUUAUCGGUGGCAAAUUUGCCAAUCUCGGACAAUAUCCAUGGCUAGUUCUACUAAUAUAUAAGCAUAAGCCUAAAAAUGGUCCUGAAUAUAUAUCGCCUGAUUGUGGUGGAUCAUUGAUAGCCUCGUCUUAUGUGCUUUCGGCGGCUCAUUGUAAUGCAAAUCCCAUUACUGUACUCGAUCAUGCUGUCUUGGGCGAAUAUAAUACAAAAACGGAUCCUGAUUGUGACACAGCCGGAAAUUGUGCCGCACCAGUACAACGUAUCAAACCCGCCCAUAUAUUUACGCACAAACUUUUUCAAUUAGAUCAGCUUUGGAAUGACAUUAGUGUAAUAAAAUUAGAACAUCCGGUAAAAUUGAAUGGAUGGGUCAUACCAAUUUGUUUGCCAACGGGAAAUGAACAAUUCGACACAACAGCCGAAGUAGCUGGAUGGGGUAUGGCCAGGCCAGAGGACGAAUUAACACUGCAAUCGGUGUUGAACUAUGUACAGUUGCCAAUUCUGGACAUGGAUGUAUGCCGUAUGUACUUUGAUUUGAUUGUUAAUGGUACUAAGCAGAUUUGUGCCGGCAGUGUAGAUAGAUAUGAAGAUACAUGUGGAGGAGACAGUGGCGGUCCAUUGAUGCAAAUUUCGAAUAGUGAUUCUGGUCCGAGAUACUAUCAAGCCGGAAUUGUUUCUUUUGGACUGACAGAUUGUGGUGUUGCACCCGCUGUUUACACAAGAUUGACAACUUUCAUGAGCUUCAUCUUGGAUGUAAUUGGUGCAUAAAAAGUAUUUCUGUUGGAAAUAAAUUGUUCAGAAGACUAUUUAAUUAUAACGAAA